CAUCCACUCCUCGCUCUUUCGUUCCGUCGCCCAUUUCCGGGAUUGGUUUCAACUCAAAGGCUCCGACUCUUUGGUCUGCCCUCUCUCCUUCCUACCAAAUGCCCGUGCCGUCCCUCAUCGAUGCUUGGUACACCUAGAAGAUAUUUCUCCCUCCUCACCGGAAUUCGCCUUUCAUGCCCCACGGCGUGCGCAACCUCCCAGGUCACUGGUUCACCUUUAUCCUCGCCACCUCCACCUUCUGCUUAACUUCCUUCUCCCGCACUCGUCGGACGUCGAGGGAAAGACCUGCUACCGCUCGACUUCCACGGAAGUCGAAGAACAGAUCCCCAGCAUUAUUGGCUCACAAUAUCAGCGAUGUUGCCUGCCCUCAAGACACCCUCAUCAUCGGCUACGGAGGGGACAGAUACUGUCCUUCCGAUUCUUUCUCCCCUCACUCGUUACGGGGAGAAUGUUGCUAUCCCUUCCCUAGUCUCACUAGCUUUUCGCCGCCAUCGUCGCCAGCGCCUAUUGUCCCAUCACUUUCUGUUUUUUUUUCUGUCAUCCAGGUUUGCUUUUACGAGGCACGCGUCUCCUCCGCACUGGUUGAUGUGCCCAUUUCUCGUUCGCCUUUUGUUGGUCUUUGCCCCCCGCAAACUCAUACAUCAUACCGGUCGUGCGAUCCCAGCAUCGCCCCUUCGCCUGCCCAAUCAAGUGUUACUCUACCGUCGUCUGUCCUCGGCGUCUGUAUCGCCUCUUCCCUGUAAUCUUCUCAUGGCACUGCAACUACGUUCCUCAGGCUGAUCCCUACCCUAUUCGCCACACUCAUCUAUACCCCGCUAAGACGCGGGUGCAGGGCACGGCGUUCAUCAUUCUGCAUACCAGCCAGGUUUUCUUAACCUUGACGUUCACUUAUGUACGGGGAUUGUCGAUGGCUAUCCAUCCUCAAUCUCGAUGUCAUUCUUAUUUCAUAAGUUUACCUUCGCCGACGCUACCUC